AUGCCCGAGGAUUUAAGUACGCACACCUACAUUGUCAAACAGCAACUACUAGCAGACGAGCGACGACAUCUCCAGCAAAAAGAAGACUCGCGAUUUGGGGCAGAUCGAAAGCGUCAGAUCCCACAGCCUAUGAAGGUAGCACUGGAAGAACAUGAUGAAACUGAUGUGUCCAAGUUAAGCACAACAAUCACAGCAAUUCCAAUCAUUCAAGCUGUUACAGCAAAAAUUAUGAAAGGCUUUCAGCCUGGUGUGAUUGGCGGCCCGCAAUUCGUUUUUGUACUUGCAGGCACGCGUGGACCAAUUUUUUGUAUCAACGAGUCGAAAAAACUCAGUCGUCAAUAG